GUAAAAUACAACUAACCCAUCAUCAAAACGCGAACGGUCUGGUGUCGACUCGAGUGACUCGGGUGAACAACGAAAACCUUACCUAUAAUUAGGAGUAGGGUCGUCUCAUGCGUCAGUGAAACGUCUAUACAUAUUCGGCGAAUAUCGGUAGAAUCCCUCAACCCCAGCACCAAAAAAAAAACCGAGGUCUGCCGAAUGCGUCUAUUUGUGUGACGUCAGCGCAUGGCGGCAGUGACAAAAUGAAAAUGGACGAAAACGAUGUAAAUAUUGAAAACAAGUGGCGAUGUAUCGUUUUGUGGGAGUAUUUAUGCAAAUCAAAACGACUAGAUUGAAGAAAAAACAUAUCUGAGUGAAUUGACAGAGGUUUGGUUGCCUGACAUUACGAAUUGUUGAAAAAAAAACGAGCCGAAGCGAGAGCAGGCUCAGGCAUCACCUUCACCACCUCAACAGAAGGAAAUUUGUGCACAGUUUGCCUCGCAAGUAGCUGCCACAUUACGACACAACUCGACCAAACAACAAAGCUCAACUCCGUCUAGUGUAAUGGAUGCUUCCUCUCCACCAACAGGGACCAUCAUACCAGCAGAUGAACAGCAAGAGACAUUUGAACCUUGCGUGGAGGAUGCUGGAGCUAUUAUUCCUGGAGAGACGUCUGUCGAUCCUCCAUCAAUCUUCACAGAAAAGGCCUUGAUUCAAUCAGAAAAAAAAGAACCUGUGUUUCAGUUUGACGCGAAUGAAUACAAAGUGAACAUUGCUCCUCCAGCACCAAAAAUAGUCCCUGUCCCUAAAACAGUGAGUGUGUCUGCUGCCGAAUUAAUCGUGAAAAAAGAACUACUUGCAGGCGAACUUAAUCCAAAUCCGUUACUUGUCUCUAAUGUAACGGAAAAAGAAGUUGAAAAGUCAAAACCUAUGAAUAUUAAACCAAAAAAUGAAAAACCUGAAGAGAAAACAGAUGAAAUUGCUAUAAUAUUUCAAAAAUAGAUAAUGGAAAAUAAAUAUUUUGAAAAUUUCAGUCAAAUUACUUUAUUCGUGCAAAGUUAUGAAUGUCUGAAGUUUGGUCAGUGGUAUGAUUCAGUCAGUUAGCACUGAUUUGUAUAAACCUUUCUUGGAAUCUCACUAAGCGUUGGCUCAGUGAGAAAGGAGCUAGCUCACUAACCAAGAGGUCCAGGGUUCGAUCCCGGUGUUGGUCCAGCGUGGAUUCUCCUUGUCAGUGGUGCAGGACAAAUGGCCUAGCAAGGAACUGCAUCUAGUCGUUAAGAUGAGAUAAAAACAAAAACACUUGUCCGUGCACGUAAAUGAACCCUUGACAGUUGGAAUUCAAUUUCUGUCUCAUAGCACCAUACCAUGCCUGUCUUCAUUAGCCCGGUAGGUAUAGAAAAGUAGGACGUAAAACCCCAUUUCAUUUGUUUAUUGUUUAUAUUUUUUUACAGGAGGUUACAACAACAUAGAUUCUCAAGUAAAUUAUUUACAGUCCAGAGAAGUUCACAGACAACCUAAAAAAAUGGCAGGUAUACAUCCCUUGAAGCCACCAAGUCUACCACAGCUCGAUCAAGAUGGUUCAAGAGAAAAAUGGGAACUAUUUGAGCAGGAGUUUGACCAGUACUUGGUGGAUAGUGGGCUAGAGUCUAUGGAUGAUGCUGUCAAGUGCCAAUUGUUACGUCAAUGUAUUGGAAAAGAGAAUAUGCAUAUUUAUGAUUCGUUUUAUACAUUACAUGAAUUAAAAACGAAAUUCAGUAACUAUUGCAAACGUCCGAUGGCGGCCGAUAGUGUGCAGAAAGUUGUCGGAAAUCCAAGUGUGCAGAAAGUUGACGGAAAUCCAAGUGAAGAUACCAGACAACAACACCAGCAGAGUCCUUUGAAACAGGAGGGUAUAAUAACCUACGACAGAGAUUUCUUGCUACAUUUACAAUUUAGUAAAUACUCUGUCUCUAGACCACAAGCUUUACAAAAUUUUCCUGCCAUCGUUCUAGAUAAGCCCGGCUCCAGUGGAAAGACUGAAAAGAGGAACAGACAACAAGAUCCCAAGGAAAUUAUUAAUGCCGUGUCUAUAUCACAAGAUAUUAAACUACAUAAAGCUGAAAGUGAGGAGCUUGAUGAAACUGAAGCCAGAACACAGGAAAUCUACAAAUGUAUGCAAAGUAUUUUGAAAUUCAAAACUUUAUCAAAACAAGUUCAGGAAUUAAAUAUCGACACAGAAACAAGAUUAAAAGGUGUCACAGGUUUAAUAUAUGAAAAGGCUGUGAGUGAACCAGCGUUUAGUGCAGCCUGUGCUAGAAUGUGUAGAUCUUUUAUGCAGGUAAAGGUUCCGUCUGAUAGCGAACCAGGUGAGAAAAUAAAUUGCCGGAUUAUUUUAUUAACUAAAUGUCAGAGAGAGUUUGAGAAACAUGAAGAUGUGGAAAUAGAUUUAGAAGCUCGACAGAAGAAAAUUAAUGAAGCAGAGUCGGAAGAUGUGAAGAAACAAUUACAAGAAGAAAUGGAGAUUGCUGCAACGACAGCCAGGAGAAGAUCUAUAGGAAACAUCAGAUUUUUAGGAGAGUUAUUUCAAUUGAAAUUGUACACAAAGCAAGUUAUGUAUGAUUGUGUAUCUAAAUUAUUACAGUCGAAAGAUGAGAUAAAUUUAGAAUGUUUAAGUAUAUUAUUAACCACAAUAGGAAAAAAAAUGGACAAAGGAAAGGCCAAGUCUGAAAUAGAUCAGUACUUCCAAGAAAUACAGAAAAUCGUUGGAGAGAAGAAAACAUCGUCAAGAGUACGAUUUAUGUUACAGGAUGUUAUAGAUUUACGAUUGUGUAACUGGGUGCCAAAAAGAGAAGAUAAUAAUCCUAAAACUAUCGAUCAGAUCCAUAAAGAAGCUGCCAAAGAAAAUGCACAGAGAACUGACCUUCUAUCCCAGAAUCUACCUCAAAGUUCAAACAAACAGAGCCGUGAUGGUGGACAACCGCCAAAUAGUGGAGGGCCACAACAGAAUAAUCAACAUAAUGAUGAUGGCUGCAACACUGUCGCUUCUAAACCUCUCCGUAACAUAGAUCUGUCAAACAAGAAAAUUACCAAGGAAAUCUACGAACAUGUGAAAGGUAUUUUGAAUAAAUUAACUCCAGAGAAUUUCCAAGCUUCUUCAAAAGAAAUUCCGAAAAAAAAUAUCGACACAGAAACAAGAUUAAAAGGUGUCACAGAUUUAAUAUUUGAAAAGGCUGUGAGUGAACCAGCGUUUAGUGUGGUCUGUGCUAGCAUGUGUAGAGAUCUUAUGAAGGUAAAGGUUCCGUCAGAUAGGGAACCAGGUGAGAAAAUAGAUUGCCGGGUUAUUUUAUUAACUAAAUGUCAGAGAGAAUUUGAGAAAGAUAAAGAUUUAGAUUUAGAAGCUGGACAGAAGAAAAUAGAUGAAGGCGACUCAGUGGAUGAUAAAAAACAAGAAGAAAUGGAGAUUGCUGCAAAAACAGCCAGGAGAAGAUCUAUAGGAAACAUCAGAUUUCUCGGAGAGUUAUUUCAAUUAAAAAUGUACACAAAGCAAGUUAUGCAUGAUUGUGUAUCUAAAUUAUUACAGUCGAAAGACGAAGUCGAUUUAGAAUGUUUAAGCAUAUUAUUAACCACAAUAGGAAAAGAAUUGGACACAGAAAAGGCUAAGUGUGAAAUAGAUCAGUACUUCCAAGAAAUACAGGAAAUCGUUAGAGAAAAGAAAACAUCGUCAACAGUAAGAGUUAUGUUACAAGAUGUUAUAGAUUUACGAUUGUGUAACUGGAUGCCAAGAAGAGAAGAUAAUAAUCCUAACACUAUCGAUCAGAUUCAUAAAGAAGCUGCUAAAGAAAAUGAACAGACAAAUGUCCUUUUAUCCCAGAAUCUACCUCAAUGUUCCAAUAAACAGCCGUGUAGAUGAAUUGUGCAAAAUGUAGAUAAAGAGCUAACAUUUCUCGCCAUAAUAGUUCAAAAAUAGACAAAGAUUUAGAUAAAGACCUGACCGCUCUCACACUCUCGCUCUAGUUCAAAUAUAAAUAAUGAAGCAUGAAUAUAUUGACAAUUAUUUUAUUCUCAGUGUUUGAUAAGAUACUGUGUAAAUAGUCUCAAUUGUCAAGUACUAAUGCUACGAUAAUAAGAAAAGUUUUGAUUAUCAUUAUCCGUUUUAAAGAUGACUUUUGGCGCUAGUGUUUUAACCCAUUCCAUUUCUCGGCCAUGCGAUGACACAGCGAGUUGAUUAUGGUCUUGAUAAGUUAAUUAAUGUCUAAUUAAUAAUUUAUAUAACAUUUGAAGCCACAAUAAAGACCUGCAAUAGGCAGAUUUAAUUCUUACAUAACGCAUCUUUAAACUAUCAUCUGAUUACUGGUCAUAUUUUGUUUAUGGUAUGUCUCUAGUUCAUUCCUGGUGCUGGCUGAGAAAUUUCCUCUGGGUUUUAACAUGGAAUAUGGUACCUUUAACCUAAGUAUGUGAGUAUAGUAUUAUCUAGUGAUUGUACCUUUAACCUAAGUAUGUGAGUAUAGUAUUAUCUAGUGAUUGUACCUUUAACCUAAGUAUGUGAAUAUAGUAUUAUCUAGUGAUUGUACCUUUAACCUAAGUAUGUGAAUAUAGUAUUAUCUAUUGAUUGUACCUUUAACCUAAGUAUGUGAAUAUAGUAUUAUCUAUUGAUUGUACCUUUAACCUAAGUAUGUGAGUAUAGUAUUAUCUAGUGAUUGUACCUUUAACCUAAGUAUGUGAGUAUAGUAUUAUCUAGUGAUUGUACCUUUAACCUAAGUAUGUGAGUAUAGUAUUAUCUAGUGAUUGUACCUUUAACCUAAGUAUGUGAAUAUAGUAUUAUCUAUUGAUUGUACCUUUAACCUAAGUAUGUGAAUAUAGUAUUAUCUAUUGAUUGUACCUUUAACCUAAGUAUGUGAGUAUAGUAUUAUCUAGUGAUUGUACCUUUAACCUAAGUAUGUGAGUAUAGUAUUAUCUAGUGAUUGUACCUUUAACCUAAGUAUCUGUAUACCUAUAGUUGUGACUUGUAUAUACAGGUAUGUAUAGUAUAGAAGGCUAGCCAACAUUCAGUUUUCAUCAUGAUGUAAAUUUUGUAUAGUAGGCUAGCCACCAUUUAGCCUUGACCAUGAUGUAAAUUUGGUAUAAUAGGCUAGCCACCAUUUAGCCUUGACCAUGAUGUAAAUUUGGUAUAGUAGGCUAACCAAAAUUUAGCUUUCAUCAUGAUGUAAAUUUGGAUAAGUGUAAAUGUACAUACAUGUAUAUAAAUAUUUGGAUAAGUGUAAAUGUAGAUACAUGCAUAUAAAUAUUUAUAAAUAAAUAAUUUAUGUAGUUUAAUCAAGGUAUAUAGAUUGCUGCUAUAUAGAUUGUUGCUAAGUUGCUAUACCGUUUGUUGCUAUAUGAAUUGUUGCUAAGUUGCUAUAUCGAUUGUUGCUAUAUUAAUUGUUGCUAUAUCGGCUGUUGCUAUAUGAAUUGUUGCUAAGUUGCUAUACCUUUUGUUGCUAUAUGAAUUGUUGCUAAGUUGCUAUACCGUUUGUUGCUAUAUUGAUUGUUGCUAUAUGAAUUGUUGCUAAGUUGUUAUAUUGAUUGUUGCUAUAUCGGCUGUUGCUAUAUCGGUUGUUGCUAUGACGAUUGUUGUUAUAUAGAUUGUUUCUAUAUCAAUUGUUGCUCUAUCGGUUUUGUCAUAUAGAUUGUUGCUAUAUCGAUCUUUUGCUUUAUCAAAUAUACUGAUUGUGGCUAUAUCCAUAACUAUCUCGAUUGUUGCUAUGACGAUAGAUUGCUAUAUUCAUUGUUGAUAUAUUGAGUGUUGUUAAAUUGAUUGUUGCUAUGACGAUAGAUUGCUAUAUUGAUUGUUGCUAUGAAAAGUGUUGUUAUAUUAAUUGUUGCUAUAUUGAUUGUUGUUAUAUUGACUGUUGCCAUGACGAUAGGUUACUAUGUAGCUCCUGUAUAAAGGGCCCAAGGUCACUACACCUGUUACUUGUUUUAAUACUUUUUGUCCAUGGCUAGACGUGUUUUUGUUAGAGGUCUACUAAAGUAAAGAUAUAUAUAGUGUUUUCAAAUAUAUCAUCUGAAACAAUGUAUAGAGUUUUACAUAUGAACUAAAAUGUGAUAAAUAUCAAAACGAAUCUGGCGUCCUGUGAAGGAUCGAUAGAGGAUAAUUGAAGUUUGUGUUGCUUACAAUAACCGAGAGCUGAAGAGCCAAUAUGGCGGCCAAGAAGAACAAUAGUGAUAACUUGGUCGUGACUCUUCUCUAAACUGUACUAUAGUGUAUAUUUGCGUCGUAUAUAAAAGUGAAAUAAAAAAAAAAAAAAAAAAAAAAAAAAAAAUUAUAAACAAAACUAUAUAAACAAAAGCCAUGCAAAAUAUAAGGGCUACAAAAACAACUGUGGGACCUGAAGGUGUUAGUGUGACAAAUGAACUCAAUAGAGAGAAUACAAUACUUAUAUCUCCAGUAUAUGGUGAGACAAAAUUGUCAUCAGUUGAACUUUUAACAUUUAUCCUAGCCCAUGAUAAUUUUGAUAUAAAAUAUAUUAAAUGUCUUCAGAAUAUAGGAAAUGGGAAUUUCUAUCUGACAGUUGACUCUCAACAAUCUAAAGAUAUCUUUGUUGGACUCUUUGAAUCAUUUACCAUCAAUGAUCUGGAAUAUGAGUCGAAAGGCACCAUCAAAGCUAUCUGAGAAUACCCAGUAGACUCUAUCCCAAUAGUUAUCUAUAAUCUAUUCUAUGAAAUAGAUAAUAAGGACAUUGCACGAAAAAUAUCAAACUAUGCCGAUGUCAUCAGAUGUGAGAGGCCAUGCUACAAAAAUUUUCCAACAAUAGAAAGUGGGGUGAGAAUCAUUCAUGUCAAACGCGUGUUCAAGCCUAUCCCAUCCCAUAUUUUCAUAAAAGGCCUACGAGUAGGCGUUAAAUACGAAGGGCAGAUCAGAUAUAAUAAGACUUGUUUCAACUGCGGAGAACAGGGCCACCUAGGAAGGGAUUGUCCCUUGCCUGACAAACGUACAAAUAAAUCUAACUUCUCACCCAUCCCAGAGGAUUUUCCACCCCUGCAAUCCUCUCCAUCUACAGAGCUACCUAUAACUCCUGAUCCAUACAGAAAUAUAGAUGAGCUACCUAUAACUCCCAAAAUGGAUCUAAAUCUGGAAUACUCUCCUCAGGAGAAUUCUACAACAGAAAAUGAUGAAACAGAGUUGAAACAAACCCACUCUGACACAUUUGAUCCAAAUAAUGAUGUGAAUAAAGACGACCAUAAAAUUAUUGAUACAUUAAUGGAUUUUAAUAUAAACAAAAAUGAUGUUGCAGUCAAAGAAGCACAGGAAACUGAGUGUACCAGUGCAGACUAUGUUAAAAUCCAAGAUAGCAAAAAUACAAAGAAAAGGAAUAUCAGCAAUAAUGAAGAUGUAACAGAUAAAAAACUAAGAAUGAAAAGUCCAAUAGUUGAGGUCUUUAAUAGACUGACUAGAAAAAACUGAUAUAAUAACUAAAAAGUGAAUUGGACUCAAUUGUGAAAUCAUAUUAACUGAAUAAGUUUAUAUAUAACAAUACAAUUAUUAUUCUACAAUGUCUAUAGUGAAAAUCUUGAUUAUCUCACUAAUUAUGCAUAUUAUAUCCUCUAAUAUUCAAAGAGGCUUUGAUGAAAAAAUAAACAUCUUAACAGAUAAAUUCAGCUACCCAGAGAUACUCUGUUUACAAGAAACAGUGUCAAAUACUAAAAUUAUAAAUGAAUCCAAGAUAUAUCAAGAUGGUAACUAUAAAAUUAUAUCAAAUACUAUUGAUAAUAACUAUCUGGGAACAAGCAUGCUUAUCCGAAAUGACAUUGAAUUUAAAGAACAUACAUAUCCAAACUUACUACAAGGAAGGUACCAACAUAUAUCAUUAUACAUUAACGAUAAAACAACCAAUGUAAUGAAUAUAUAUGGCCCUCCUGGUUCAACUAAAGAAAAACAAAAUUUCUUUCAAAGUUUACACAAUCAUAUAAUAAAUAUCUAUAAUGAGAAAGAAUACUACAUUUUAAUUGGUGAUUUCAAUGUAACAGAAAAUAAGAUUGAUUCUAAAAAUGAUACCUACUACUCCCAGAUAGUUAUUGACUUACUUAUCAAUAUCACAAAAAUAAUAGAAAUAUCAGAUGUUUUCAGGAAUAAAUUUCCAGACAAGAUAUUAUAUACAUGGUCCAAUACAAGAGGUAGUGCUAGUCGAAUUGACAGAGCAUACAUAUCUAAUAACCUACUAACUAGUGUUACACAUUUAAAUCACCAUCCAAAUACAAAAUCAGAUCACAAAAUUUUAUCUUUGAAAAUCAAUCUAGACAGCUAUAGAUGGGGAAGAGGAUUUUGGAAAUUUAACAAUUCAGUACUCACAAACAACAAUUAUAAAUCAGCCAUAACAAAAUUUUGGGAAUUCUGGCAAAAGGAGAAAACGAAUUUCAGACA